AUGACUUUGGAGGAAGCAAAUCAUUCAGCAAACGACAAACGGCCGGCGGUAUCAAUAAUCGAUUUGCCUCCGUCGAGUUCAACACCGCAACAACAAACCGAUGUGCAGCUCGAAGAGGCGGCGACUUCACAGCUCCCCUCUGUUUCCCAGUCGUCCCAGGAGCCAGUUAUCCAGCAGCAAGCUAUUGUGCAACCAACACCGACAACACAAGCGUCGGUCAACCCUCUAUUGCCACAACAGUUGCACACACAGCAGCAACAAUCGAGAUCGGCGGCGAGCGUUCGGUUUGGUGAAUGGUCACUUCCACCAUCUGCGCUGCGAGCACCGCUUUCGUAUACCCCACCUCGACCGCCUCCAGUCGAUUUUGAUGCAAUGAGUGAGGAUUCUUCGGUACAUCAAACGAGAUCGUCGCAUCGAUCGCCACAACAACCGGCACAGUCUCACGUUACUCAGCAGCAUCAGAUGCAGGAUCAGCAGGCAAUGUGGGGGCACUUUCAACAGCAGUUGUCUGCCCGGCAGGUUGUGCCUAAGGAGCUCCCAACGUUUACGGGAAAUCCUGAGGAAUGGCCACUUUUCAUAAGCAGCUACCGCAAUUCUACUGCUAUGUGUGGCUAUUCGCAGGCAGAAAAUUUGAUGAGGCUGCAGAAGUGCCUCAGAGGCAAAGCAUUGGAGGCAGUCCGGAGCAAUCUAUUGCUGCCGUCAUCGGUCCCGAAAAUUAUGCAAACGUUGGAAACAUUGUUCGGGAGCCCAGAGCGACUGGUACAGUCGCUGCUUAUCAAGGUUCGUAACGUGCCUACUCCGAAAGCUGAAAGGUUAGAGACAUUGGUAAACUUCGGUCUCGUCGUUCAGAACCUUGUUGGCCAUCUUCGGGCCGCCAAUCAACAUGCACAUCUGAACAAUCCAACACUUCUACAGGAGUUGGUGGAUAAGUUGCCGCCACAUCUCCGACUAGAUUGGGCGCUUUACAAAAGAAACGCUGGACAAGUUGACUUGGGAUCAUUUUGCGACUACAUGAAUGCAAUCACGUCUGCUGCCAGUGAUGUGGCGCAUUUCACCGACUUUGACGGAGUUCGACCCUGCGGACACGACAAGCAGAAGAAAGAUAAGGCGUUCGUCAAUGCUCAUGUGUCUGAGCCCCGGAAGCUUGAGCAACAAAGAAAGAAGGUGGACACUCAGGACAGGCCAUGUUACGUGUGCCAAAGCAUUAGCCACCGAAUCAAGGACUGCAGCAAGUUUAAAUCUUUGUCGCUCGGAGAACGGUUGAAAACCGUCGAAACACACCAGCUUUGUGCAGGCUGCCUAGUCCCUCAUGGAAGAUGGGCCUGCAGGUCAUCUCGAACUUGUGGGAUCGGAGAUUGCACCAAACAACACCAUCCAUCACUUCAUCCAAACCAGCCGGCCGCCACUAAAACGACCGGUCCUGAAAGUUCAGGAGCUCGUGCAAAAUCCGACGCCACGAUCAACGUUCAUCGCGGAAUCCAAAGCGCGACGAUAUUCCGUGUUAUCCCGGUGGUGCUGUACGGUAACGAGGCCAAACUGUCGACCUUUGCCUUUCUUGAUGAAGGGAAGGUGGCUCGUCACGAAAAAGACUCUCGGCUGGUUAGUUUGAAAAUUUCCGGUGAGGACAGCAGCAGAAGUUUCCCAUUGUCCGGUGUUAGCACUGUGAAACAGCUAGAUAUUCCCGUGCAAACAAUGCAGUAUGAAGAAUUAGCUAGUCAGUACCCCUAUUUGUCCGGGCUUCCAGUGAAAAGCUAUGAGGAAGCCGUGCCACGUAUCCUGAUUGGACUAGACAAUAUAAAGUUGUCACUACCCCUGAAGACACGCGGAAGACAGAUAAACGUGCCGGUGGCAGCAAAAACGAGGCUCGGAUGGACGAUCUUCGGGAGCAUCGACAAUGCGAAGGUGGAUUCUUUGUCCCCUGUUUUCCACAUUUGUAAAAGCGCAGAAGAAAGUAGCCUUCACGACCUAGUUAAAGGCUAUUUUGCAACGGAGAAUCUCGGGGUUUCGGUCACGUGUGCUCCAGAAGCUGACGAAGAUCGCCGGGCAAAGGAUAUUUUGCAACGAACAACAGUCAAGCGUGCCGACGGUCACUACGAAACCGGCUUGCUAUGGCGAUACGAUAUUAUGGAGCUACCACCCAGCUACGGUAUGGCCGAGCGUCGCCUGAUUUGCCUCGAGAAGAAGCUGCGGAAAUAUCCGGAACUACAAGCGAGUUUGGACAAACAGAUUGCCGAAUAUCAGUACAAAGGUUACGCCCACAAAGCAACGGCUGAGGAAUUGGAGGAGAACGAUCCUCUUCGAACGUGGUACCUCCCGCUCGGAGUGGUAACAAAUCCCCGGAAGCCCGGGAAGGUUCGAAUCAUUUGGGAUGCGGCGGCCAAGGCGCAUGGAGUGUCUCUGAACGAUAUGCUCCUCAAGGGACCGGACCUUCUCACUUCGUUGCCAGCUGUGUUAUGUCGUUUUCGGCAGCGAAAGAUUGCAAUUGCAGGUGACAUCCGCGAGAUGUAUCACCAACUGAAGAUUAGACGAGAAGAUCGGCAGGUUCAGCGGUUUCUGUACAGAAGUGGCACGACGAAGAAACCAGACGUAUUCGUGAUGGACGUGGCCACGUUUGGCUCGACAUGUUCGCCCUGUUCGGCCAACUUUGUCAAGAACAAGAACGCGAUGGAAUGGAAAGACGAUUAUCCAGAAGCGGCGACAGCGGUAGUUGAAAACCACUAUGUGGACGAUUACCUGGAUAGUCGAGAUUCAGAGGACGACAUGGUGAAACUGGCCACGGACGUGCGAAUGAUCCAGGAAAGCGCCGGAUUUGAACUGCGAAACUGGCGAUCCAACUCCAAGAAAGUGCUGCAUCUCAUGGGUGAAGAAGCAACGGACUGCAGAAAGGACUUCAGCGUCGAUAAAGAAAGCCAAAUGGAACGCGUCCUAGGUAUGGCCUGGCUACCCGACGAGGAUGUUUUUGUGUAUUCCGUGAAGUUACCGAACGAUUUCGACUGCUCAGAAUCAACAAACACCAUCACGAAACGAAGUGUCCUUAGAUUCGUAAUGAGUGUGUUUGAUCCGCUUGGACUAAUAUCAAACCUGCUCAUCCAUGGUAAGAUGCUGAUCCAAGACCUUUGGAGGGCUAAGGUUGGAUGGGACGAGGCUAUUCCAGCAGAAAUAUCCAAGCAGUGGGAACGAUGGAUCGCACAGCUUCCCAAACUGGACCAAAUUCGGAUCCCGCGUUGCUAUUUUCCCGGAUACGAUCCGGAUAGUUUCCAAACGAUGCAGUUACAUGUAUUCGUGGAUGCGAGUGAGUCGGCCUUCGCUUGUGUCGCCUACUUUCGGAUCGUCGAUCGCGGCCAGCCAAGAUGUACAUUGGUAGCCUCCAAGGCGAAAGUUGCUCCCUUAAUCUCGAUGUCCGUUCCUAGAUUGGAACUGCAAGCGGCGGUCAUUGGUAGCCGUUUAGCAAAAUCCAUAGCCGAGUACCACACGAUUCCCGUGCGACGCAGAUUUUUCUGGAGCGACUCCACAACAGUCCUAGCGUGGAUAAACUCGGAUACAAGGAGCCAGCAGAACAACAUUUGGCUACAUAACAAUACGGACUGCAGCAGCCAACAGCAACAGCAACAGCAGCAGGAGCAGCUUCUCGGAGUCGGACUGAGCAAUACGGAUGGCGCAACAUGGUCCCUCGCUCUCCAUCUGUACCAACACCGGGACUGGCGGGUGUCGUCCUCUGCCUCCGCUUCUAAUGUAUCGCCCAGCACAAACGCUGGACUUUCAAUGACCGCUUCGGUGGAAUUAUUCACUGUAUCGUGGACUGGUACCGCCUGCGGACUCAGAACCCUUCGGAUGGGUACCAACAACGACGACCAACUCUAUUACGACUAA